GAAAGAGAGAAAGAAUGGCUGCAGGGAAGUCGCAGUCGCCGACGUCGUCAUCAGCUUGGUGCGAUGGCAGUGGGUUGAGGAGAGGCCCCUGGAGCUCAGAAGAGGACCAGAAGCUCUUAUCCUACAUCCAGCUUCACGGCCACGGCAGCUGGCGCACUCUUCCCGAAAAAGCUGGUCUUCAGAGAUGUGGGAAAAGUUGCCGGCUGAGAUGGAUCAACUACCUGAGACCGGGCAUCAAGAGAGGCAAGUUCACCCUCCACGAAGAACAAACCAUCAUCCAGCUCCAUGCCCUUCUCGGAAACAGGUGGUCGGCCAUCGCAGCGCACUUGCCGAGAAGAACGGACAACGAGAUAAAGAAUCACUGGAACACCCACCUGAAGAAGCGGCUGUCCCUGAUGGGGAUCGAUCCGGCCACCCACAAGCCCAAGGUGCGCCGCCUGGACGGUGGCGACCCCAAGAACGCCUCCACCCUCAGCCACAUGGCUCAGUGGGAGACCGCCCGCCUCGAAGCCGAAGCCAGGCUGGUGAGAGAGUCUGAUUCCCUCCGCCAGCUACAGCUACAAGUACAACUGCCAUCUCACUCAUCCAGCUCCACCUCAGCGCCUCCGCUGCCUUCCCACCUUGCCCCUCCAAGAUGUUUGGACGUGCUCUCCGCCCGGGCUUUAGGGCUUGGAUCCUCCUGUCUCCAAUCACCCAUCUCCAACUUCGCGGAUGACAAGAUGCACUAUACCUGCCAUUCUCCCUUCUCCUCCUCAUCAUCAUCAUGGCCAGUGGAAAUAUUUGCUACUACUACAGGUAUCAAGUUAUCCACCAAUAAUAUUACUCAUCACCAACUACCUGGCACCGGCACUCAUCAUUUAGAACAGCAUGAUUUACAACACCAAGGAACGAUGGCUACUCAUCAUUCCAAUAUUUAUUCCGACACCUGGAUUCAUGACCACGACUUAUCUAUCAAUUUCUUAGAUUCCGCUUCUACUGCCUGGCCUCCCAUGGAUUAAUCAUAUCAUCUUGCCUACCGAGCAAUAUUCUGCAACCCGGCUAUAUAUAUAUAUGUUUCUCUUCGUUCCGUUUCUUUUCUUCUUUUUCAUUAUCCAGUUUACAUUUUUUUUUUGGUAAUGUAAUGUAGUCAUUGGUGAAUCCUCGCCAUGAACAACAUGAUCAAUUCAUUGUCUGUAUGUUAAUUGCUGUAUCCCUGUGUAAAAUGUGUGCUUCCAGUUAUCCCAAAAAGAACAAAUGUACGCUUCUUCCA